AAAACAUUUUUUAAUCCCAUUCACAGAAAAAACAAAAAAAUAAUAAAAAAAAUCGAGUGCUCUCUUUGUUCUCCAGAAUCUCCCAGAAAUCUCGUCUUUUGAGUUUAGGGUAAACAAGUUGGUUCAAUAAACUGGUGAAUAACUUUGUACUGUGGAUUUCGGAGCCUUCGUUUUUUGAUAAAGUUUUUCGUUUCCCGGAAAAAAUUUGUUCUUUUUUUCUUUGGAGUAUUUGAUUUUCUGGGGAAAAUUGUCCAUUUCAGGAUUGUUUUAAUUUGUUGUAAUUAUUCUGUUUUCUGCGUCAGAAAGCUUAACCAGACAUAAAUUGUCUGCCAUAAACAUGAAAGAGGAUCAAAAGAUUGAAUUUGUGUUUAGUGGUGGAUAAGGAUCUUGGAGGAAUGUCUGACUUGUUUAUGUAUGAGCUUGAAGAUAAUGUUUGGGAUGAAUUUGGUGCUAGUGAUGAUCAUAUAGUGCCUCAUGCUGUUGAUGAAUAUGGGGCUCAAUUCAAAGUUCAGGGUGAUGGUCGGAAGAAACAACAACAUGAAGUGAUUGGAGUUACUGGUAAUGCUGAUAAUACAAGUAAAUAUGGUAUUUUGGGGGCGAAGGAAAAAGGCUUACAUACUUUGACCAAGAACAGAAUGUUAGAAAAGGGUCUGUGGUCUCACAGUCCUGAUGGCGUGUUUCCCAGUUCAGGUGAUAAUGAUUCACUCAAAGAAGUUACAAGCAUGGCUUCUGAUGAUCCAAGGAUGUCCAGCCAUGGUCUCAAAACUGGCAAUGUAGUUUCAGUUGGUGGUGAGUUCUGUGCUGAUGAUCCUGCCUUGGUUGACAAGUGUGCCACAGAGGACAAUAAUGUCUACCAUUUUCCACUAAAUCAAAUAUCCCAAACUGAUGAUGAUCUCAGCUUUUUUAAUAACAGUCAUGAAGAAAAAGAAAACAGCGAUCUUUUAUAUUAUGGCUGGGGAGAUAUUGGGAAUUUUGAGGAUGUUGACAGGAUGUUCAGAAGUUGUGAUUCAACAUUUGGGUUGGGGAGUCUCAGUAAUGAAGAUGAUUUGUGCUGGUUUUCAUCUUCACAAGCUAAUGAAGGAUCUCAAGAUGCAUUGAGCGCUGAUGCUAAACUGAAGAGUGUACCAGAACAUUGUGCAACUUCUAGGCCAGACGGUGCAGGUCCUUCAACUAUUGAUUCCAACAAGAAUAGUGUAUUUCUAAGUGACAAAGUAAGCUCCCUUAAUAUGAGUGGUAAUAAUUCUGGUCUUUCUCACAUGUCAUCUUUGAAUGCAUCCCACACAGAAUCUGAAAGCAAAGAUGAUUUGACACCCAAUGAGCUGAUCAGCCCACAAAUAAAGCAGUCAAGGCAACUAAGCGCAUCAGGAGAAAGAAAAGAUCAACAUCUGGAAAAUGGUGGUUCUUUUCGCCAAUAUGGUAACAUCAAGCAGUUUUCAGACGUGAAGGACCCCUUCAGUGAUUCAUCCUGUCAACUCUUCUUCCCAUCAGGCCUUCAGGGGCACAAACAAAACAUUGGACCUGAUUCUGUGAGUUACAUACAGACAAAUAUUCCUUUUAUGCAUCUCAGCGACAGCAGUCCUUUAGAUCAAAUUUCAAUGUGUUCAACUCUAUCUAGUACCAAAUCCAAAAUUAACGGCCAUCCUUCUUCAACAAAUGAGUCAUUUUAUGAAUCAAAUCAGGUACAGUCUAUAGAGAGCUAUUGUGGUCCUUCAUUUAAGGUUCCUGCCAUUAUAACGAAUGAGAAGAGGGGAAAGCUACAUCACCAACAAGAUACACAAGUCCCACUAAAUAGGAAUGUCAAACAUGCAAAAAGGGAAAGUCAGGUGGGAUUUUGUGACUCAGUUACUGUGCAAAAGCAGGUCUGUCAGUCUGAACAGGAUGAAGGCAAAAGUGAAGUUGGAGGAGUUAGUGUAGGAAAGCCAGUGGAAUUAGAUUCUUCAAAUGCACAGGAGAGUUCUUAUGUAAGUUCUGUGUCGGAUGAAGUCUCACUAGAAGCAACUAGUUUUCGGCAGCUUCAACAAGUCAUGGAAAAGUUGGAUGUCAGGACAAAACUGUGCAUACGGGAUAGUUUGUAUCGUUUGGCUAGGAGUGCUGAACAAAGGCAUAAUGGCACGAAUACAAAAGGUGGCAAGAGAAAUGAUAAAGAUGCAAGUGGUCCAUUGGUGGCUGAAGAAACAAACAAGUGCAAUGGAUUCAUGGAUAUGGAAACUGACACAAACCCUAUAGAUAGAUCCAUAGCACACUUGCUAUUUCACAGGCCGUCAGGUCCAUCUCUAAGGCCUACCACCGACACUGCAUCUUUUAACUCCCAUGGCAUGGUUCAUGGCUCUAUCUCUAGUCCACCUGGGAUGGCGGAAAAACAAAUUGACCACGAAGAAACUGUGGCUGCUUCAGAUAAAAAGUGCUGACAAGAAAGUGUCUGCAAUAACUGGGAAUUUGUUAAACAUCAGUGCAGCCUUGUAAAAUUUAAUCUAUUUAUGACCAUUUAAAAUGAUUGUCGUGAGGCCUUAAACAUAAAAUGCAGGUUGGUUCCGUGUUUUAUACGUUGAUUUGUUAGAUACACGAUGUUUUGUCUGUGUUGUUAUAAAUCCUUGUAAUGGUUUGUGAUAAUCUACUUGUCCGCUUAUCUGUCACUAACACUUCAAAAAAUUUCUGUUUGCUUUCUCAAACUAUUCAGCGUUCUUGUAACCAAUUUCUGGAAUUUCUCGUAUAU